UAAGUUCAAGAAGAACCACUCGGUAGCUGUAAUCAUCGUUAUUUUUUGAAAGUAAUCCGUUUUCAUCGCCUUUUUCAUAUAUUGCAGUUGCAGGUUCUAAAAGUUUCUGUUUUAUGGUUGAUUGAAGAACAAGAUGAAACCCCACCUCCCAAAUCCUUUCAAACCUUCCAAAUUCAAUAUCAUUUCAACGGUGGUCUCAAAAGUCGCAACCUUCUUGAAUUACUCUCUAACUGUCAAACAAGUGAAGCAACUCCAUGCCCUAAUACUCAUCAAUGGUGUUAACUAUCUUGAGCCGAUGGUAAUCACCCAAAUUGUUAGCACUCCAUCUAAUCAUUCUGAAUCCAUUAUCCAUUAUCUUCGAUCACUUCUCCACCAAUCGAAACAUCCAAAUAUCAUUUCAAGAACAUUUGCGAUCCAGUUUUUCUUCCAGCAUGGGAAGUUUCAAGAAGUCUUGGCUGAGUAUGUGCAUAUGCAGAGAUUAGAGAUUUUGCCUACCAUUUCAGCUGUUGCAUUUGCGCUAAAGGCGUGUGCGAAUCUCGGGAAUCGGAUUGGUGGGAUAACGAUACAUUCUCAAAUUCAUGGAUAUGGGCUUUGUGGAGAUGUUCAUGUGGGAACUGCUCUUGUCGGAUUCUAUUCGAAACUUAAUGAUAUGGAGACCGCAAAGAAGGUGUUCAUUGAAAUGUCUGAGAGAAAUGCAGCAUCUUGUUUGAUAGAUGGAUAUUUAGAAUCAGGGAAUUUGUCCAUGGCGGAACGAGUGUUCUCUGAGAUGGGAAAUAAGGAUAUUGCUUCUUGGAAUUCUAUGGUUUCGUGGUACACGAAAACAGGGGAUAUGGCGAAGGCUAUAGCUUCAUUUGGACCGAUGCCCAAUAAGAAUUUAGCUUCAUGGAGUGCGAUGAUUGGUGGUUAUGUUGAUUCUGGGAACAUGGAAAUCGCACGCAAUUUCUAUGAUGUGAUGCCUGAACAAAACGUUGUUUCUUGUAUCAAAAUGAUUGAUGGAUACUCACGAAAGGGAGCUGUUGAAUCUGCACGCCGAAUAUUUGAUGAAAUGGGUGAAAAGAAUCGGUUGCUGUACAAUGCCAUGAUAACUUGUUAUGCUCAAAAUGGCUGGUUAAAAGACGCACUCCAGCUGUUUGAUGAUAUGCUUCAACCAAAUGUGAGCAUUCAACCCGAUAACGUAACAUUAGCUACGGUUAUAUCCAUUUGUUCUCAAUUGGGGGACUUGAGGUUUGGGUCGUGGAUCAACGACACAUUAAUGAACCAAAUGGGAAUUGUGAUGGAUGAUCGUUUGCGUGUUCUGCUAAUAGAUUUAUACGCAAAAUUUGGGCGUGUUGAUAAAGCUUACGGGUUGUUUCACGGCUUGCAGCGGAAAGAAGCAAGUGUUUAUACAACGAUGAUAUUGGCAUGUAGCAGAAACGGAUGGAAACACGAAUCUAUCGAAUUGUUUGCAGAGAUGUUGGAGGCUAAAAUCUGCCCGAAUUUAGUAACCUUUUCGGGUCUUUUAACUGCAUUGAAUCAUGCGGGUAUGGUCCAAGAAAGUUACCACUACUUUUAUACCGCGAACCCAUUAUCAUUGAACCAUAAGAACUGGUUUCAAGAAAGUUACCUCUGUGCUAGCCCCUUAUCCCUUCAAAGACCAUCUAACCAUACGGGUUGGGUUCAAGAACAUGUCGACUCUACUAAUCCGUUAACCCCUUUUAGACUGUCGAACCAUUUUGGUUCGCCUGAAGAAACUUACCAUGGUGCUAGCCCAUUAACCCCUCCAAGACCAUUGAACCACCAUUUGGAUUGGGUUCAACAAACUUACCAUGGUGUUAACUAUACUAGCCCAUUAGCCCCAUCGAACCAUGAGGAUAGGGUGGGGUUAUCCCCACCAAGACGAUUGAACCAUCCAACCCAAUUGAAUAUGGUUGAACAAGAUUACCAAGGAUUUAAUUCUACUAGCCAAUAUAGUACUACCAACAAGAUUAUAUGGAACACCUGACUAAAAUUUAAAUAUCUUAAUUU